AUAUAAAAAAACAUCCAUCAUCAUUUCCGUCAUCAUCUCCAAUUCCCAUUCCGCUCAAAUCAGCAAGAAAAAACGAAAAUUCAACCAAUCAAUCCUCAAUACCAACACACUUUCAUUGCUCUUGCUCACGCUCACUUUCACCACAUCUGACAACUACUUUGAAUCUGCUCUUUUGAUAGAGGCACACAUUGAAACAUCAACAAACUUCACAUUACAGCAAAAUGCGCUCUACUUCUGUUCUCAUCUUGUUGGCCACGUUGGCUGGCAUUCUAUCAUCCGUUGAAGCAUUAAAAGAACACUCUCAUCAUGUCAAAUUCAAACGUCAAAAUCCAGACAAAUCAAAAUAUCCACCCGUACUCAAAACACCGCCAAGAUCAUCGCUACCGCAAGAUUGGGUAGAUGCUUUGGAAAAUUUGCAAAAGGCAGGCAAGAUUCCCGAUAUCCCAGUAAGCACUUCUACUGACGCAGGGAUCUUUUACCCAAAGAACCUAAAGAUGAGCCAAAAAGAAAUAUGCAAUUGGUCAAUCACGGGUUGCUUUGGUGAAAACGAUGUUCAUGAAGCAGCAGAUGGCGUUUGGGUGGUCUCUUUUGAUGACGGUCCAACUGCCGCUUCACCAGGUUUGUAUGACUUUUUGCAUUCUCACAAUCAAGCAGGCACACAUUUCAUGAUCGGAUCGCAAAUUGUUGCUUACAUGGACAACGCAAAACAUGCAUUACAAACACAACAACAACUCGCAGUGCAUACAUGGUCACAUUCCUUACAAACAACAAAGGAUAACUAUGAAGUAUUGGGUGAACUGGGCUGGACGAUGCAAAUCAUUUAUGACAUUUCCGGCCGUGUACCUAAGUACUGGCGUCCACCUCAAGGUGACGUUGAUAACCGUGUCCGUGCUAUCGCAGAAGGUGUUUUCAACUUGACAACUGUCAUGUGGGAUGCUGAAUGCAACGAUUGGUGUAUCGAAGAUAAUGGAAAAUCUGCUUGCCCUGGCGAAACGCCCGGAAAAUCGCAAAAGAGUGUCGUUGACGCUAUCAACAAAGCACUUCAACAGCCAAAGAGUCCAGGAGUGAUGAUUUUGGAACAUGAAUUGAACAAACACACCGUCGGAUUCUUUACCGAUUAUUACCCUCGUUUGGCCGGAUUAGGCUGGAAGCCACUCAGUGUACCGGAACAAUUGGGCGUAAACUGGUAUCAUAAUGCGGUCAAUAAUGAUGAUACACCUAUCAACACAACUUCAAUGCUUUAUGCCACGGUCUCAAGUGCUGUGACAAAAGCAAAUAGUACAAACACUAACAAUAACAACAGCAAAGUUGCCUCCAAUGGAAACAGCAAUACCACUGGAAAUGGAAACGGAAACGGAAGCUCCAAAAAUCUUUUGUCCAAGAGCAGUUCAUCAAGUGCUCAAGGUUCGGUUGUAUUCUUUGCCCUUGCAAGCGUAUCUAUAGCAAUGAUGCUAUCGAUGAUGUUUGUUUAAACGUUUUCAUGGCCCCUGGCUCUUGUUCCCCUGCAUUUGUACCAUUGUUGAGCUGAUGCUCACCCAUCCAUUGUCCCUACAAGGAGUUGUUGAUACUCUUCCCACUGUCUCGUUUGUACAAUCAUUUUCCUUUAGACUAGAUCACACUAGCAUACAAGGCUAGCACUUUGACUUCUUUGCAAAUACUAAGCGAAACCUGCACAUAUUAUUUCAUCAUCAUGUAUAUCUCCUUAUUUUUGAAUUCUGAAUUCAUAAGCAAUCCCUAU